AACCUGCCUCUUCUGAAAAACUGAAGAUAAAAUAGAACAACAUUGCUUGGUCUGAAUUUCAAAAUGGGGAAGAUGAUGACCUAUGCGCUGGACUUAUUGUUACUGAAUAUACUCCGUUGGGGUGGACAAGCUCAAGACGUCGUGCUGACAGCUGAGCCCAACUGGUCCACGUUUUAUUUGGGAGAGUCUAUUACCUUCAGAUGUUACGUGAACGGAGGAGAAGAGACUAACUGGAAAUACCAAGUUACCAGGAAGAGUCAAGACACUUUUCCCUACGACUCACAGAAAAGCUACACGUUAGAAGAUCUGAAGAUAACUGAAUUCCAGUGCUCUGCUCGCUGGAGAGGAGUCUGUAAAAAGAGCGAAACUAUCUCUUUGACUGUUUUAGCUGAGAAACCCAGAGCUGCACUGACAGCAGGUUCAACAACCAUACCAGUAGGGGGCAGUGUGACACUGAGAUGCUUGAUAGAGAGCUCCCCUGGAUGGAAAUACAGAUGGUUCAGACAGAUCUCAGGCACCUCUGAAGAGAUCAGCACAGGUAAUGAAGAAAACAGAGAUAUCACUGUGAAACAAGGAGGAAUCUACUGGUGUGAAGGGCAGAGAGGAAAUCCCCCAUUCUUCAGUCAACCCAGCCAUGAUGUCACCAUUGAGAAAACUUGUGAGUUUUGUUCUUGAAAACAGUUUCAAAACCGUAAGAAAUUAAGUCAACUUAAUCUACUUAAUCGAUGCUUCUCAUGUGACUUUAUGUUUUUGUUCAAAUACAAUUAACAUUAUUAUUCUGUAAACAGUAUCCAACAAGGUUGUUGUGGGCUGUCAGCCAAACGAGCCUUAUAUUGGUGAGACGAUCACUCUGACCUGUGAGGUCCAGGG